AUGUCAUCGGCUCUCAAUAAUGUCCGAGGUCUUCGGAGGGCACUAAGACCCCGUCCACUGAAUCGCUUUAUUUGUCGCCAGUAUGACCUUCAAUCUAUCCUGUACCGGCCCAGUGGCCCAUUGCCACACAACCUACGGCCCUUUACAGCGGAUAACCGCCUACGCACGUUAAGCAGGCCACACCUUGUGCCAGACAAGCCUCAAUAUGCCGCCUCUUAUAACAUCUCCAGAGACAGCGCACCGGAAAACCAAUGGCUGCGAAAAACAGAACGAUUAACACCUUCCACAUACCUUUCGGAAUCUCUUGAGAUUAUGGGCUAUGCACUUGGAGCCCGACCUGGCGGAGCAUCAAACGAAUUCGGGAUUUCGGACUUUCAAACAAAAUACCGCAUAAAGGAUGGGAGGUCCGUGGUACGAGAAUCAUUGCAAACCAUACUUGCAGAUUUCAUUCAGCACCUGGCUCCAUUGCUCUCGGUCAAUCUUGACGUGGCCAGCAGACAUAACGAAUUAGACAGCGCCAUUGCGCAUGUCUUCAGUAGAGACAGAAUUCGCUUCCUCUCAGAGAGAGGCUACGAUGUCGAAGAUGUGAUAUCGUGGGCAUGGAUUGUGACAAGUGAAUCCACCGCGCGUGCUGUUUCAAGGCUGUUUGUCUUGGAGGCCGAUACUAGAGCUCGGCGUGGCCCGGACGCUCCAGGCGUCCCUGGCUUCAUCACUUUGUUUCUGCUGAGAAAGCACCUGGAUAUCAACUCCAACACUUUCCGAUUACUACUUAUUCAUUCCUUACAUCUAAUUACUGGCAGUCCAUUGCCAACUCUUGAAGCGGCCCCAUCUAGCGAGCUGGUUCAGAAAGACGCUCUGGAAACCUUCGGGCCUAAAAUCACUGUGAUGACAUGCUCUCAACUUGUUUAUCGUUUAAUUUUUCAUGCGAGACAAGUGUGGACCGAGUCCCUCCCGAUCAUAGCCCAUGCAUUUGCGCGGUAUCUUGGGCAGUGGGAUGGUCGGGGAGACAUGCAGCCUGUUCGACGAGAAGCCAAGACAGGCUUAGCUGAAACAAGAUUGAACAAGCUAAAAACAAAGCUCUUCAACGAAGGUCUAUGGCUUCUUUCAUAUCCGUCUAGGACGUAUCCCUUUCGGUCUAUGUUUCUCCAUCAACGAGCACAAUUCGAACUUCUAGGAGUCAUGGCGUCACAUAAGCCAGUCUUGCCAAUCAUGAGAACGGGCUAUCGUGGAGUGGCUGCUGUCCAGCUGGCUCAUAAAAAGACAUCAGCAGAACGCCAGUCUGCAGAGCUGAAGGCCCCAUCUUGGCCUCCUUGGAAAGAGGAAAGGCUGGGAAUCGACUCUCAGCGUGGGAAUGAAGGUAUCCAUAGCCGUGCAAUAAGCAUCUUAUCUCAGAUGACGGAGGCCGGAUAUUCGCAUCGCCUUUGGGAAGAUUUUAAUAGAAUCCUGGCUGGAUGGGACACCGACUCAAGCCCAACUGUACAGACCAGGACAAUGGUUUCGCGGGCGAGGAGCCUUCUGAACUCUGGAUAUGAAGUCAAUGACCCUCGAUUAUGGCCUGCUCGUAUCCGCGCCACCCGCACUGUGCGUGAAGCAUGGGCUUGCUUCCUGUCUUAUCAGACUCUUAGCUUGGAAUCCACAGAGGCCGCAUAUCCAACAGAGGCCGCGUACGCUGCGAUGGCAGAACGGCUGAUUCGUGGCAGGAAGCUUGCUUGGUCCGAACCAAAUGAUCACAGCGAUUCUCUUCCCGGAGAUGGUCCUGAAACCUACCCUGAACCUUCCUCUGCUCGGGACAUCAUAUAUGUACAAACAGAGCCGCCAACCCCAGAGGUUUUCUUAGAAGAAAUGCGCUCACAAGGCAUCCCGUUUUCUGGGGCACUCCUUGCGCUUCUCCUUCAAACGGCCCCAACGUUCCAGGCGGGACUGGAUUACCUGAGGAACAGUGAUUUAACAGACAAGCAAGUUGCAGCGCUGUGCACUAUAUGGCAACAUGGAUGGCAAUAUCGACGCCACUCUGUAAAUGCUAUCGAAGGAAUUCCAGGCUUCAUAUUCGCCUCAUUCAUACACUUCUUAUGUCGAUAUUCUGAGAUGAGUAUCCACACUCUCGCCAGAGAGGUAUUUACACCGUUUCGGCCACAGAGCCUUAUCAAUGCAAGGAGGCGCCAUGGAGUCGCCGAUUCCUACCGAGAACUGCCGCGCGGUGCCCCCGUGUGUGUCUUAUCUGAUUUACCGGCAGACCUGCCCCUGAAGUAUUAUCCCGGAUUAUUCUACCAUGCGAUUCAUCUGCUGAGAAGCUCUCCAUCGCUUUCCCCUCAAGCCUGGCGAAAUUUGAUUGGCACCUUUGAGUACACCAGGAUGUUUCGGCAGCGCCGCACAGACGAAGGCAAAUGUCUCUACCGUAUCAUUGUGUGGUAUGCGACCGUUGAAAUUCUAGGCUGGAUGCAAAGUCAAAAUCUUGGGACCGACCCAGAAAUGUUCCAUAACCUGUGUAGAGCAUUCACGCGAGCUGUCGUUGCUGGGACAAAAUACCCUCACCUUCUCUCAACCGCCUCUGAGCUACGCCACCAGGGGUCGACACUGUCCGAAAACUCGGGAUCGCUGGAAAGCCUCGUCGAUAACGGGCUCUUCCUGCUGAAAAAGAAAUUCGACAGCCUGGUCCUCCCAAAUCGCGAAAUAUCUUCAGUUGCCCAGCGCAGUGUCUUUACUACUGAUGAUUUGGAGGAGACAUACUUCGAUGAGCCAACCCUCUUUCACACACCGUUCUACAGUACGCUCCAUGCUUUUGUCCGGGCGCUAGGAACCGCUGGAGAUGACGCAGGCCUGGUAGAACUAUUAGGUUGGAUGAGUCAAGUAUCUGCUUCUCUUGACGAGCUUGCAGAUGAGCGUCGUAAUGGUCUGUGGAUGAGAGAACAAACGUUGCAGGCGAUUCGCUUGUACUUGGAGAGGCCCGACAACCCUAGUAGUGAUUCGGAUCCUGCGAAAGUGAAGGAGGCAUACGACAUUAUCAGUCGGACACCAGGGUGGACAUGGCCGAGCGAUGAAGAGAUAGAGAGCUACUUGUCCCGGUCGUCUUAA